AUGGCAGAUUUGGAGGCAGGCCAAAUUGCGCAACUCAAGCCACGGAUAUUCGACGUGCUGAACGAGUCGGACUUGUCGAAUGUCUCAGCUAAGAAGAUUCGGCUUGCUCUGGCUGACAUGCCUGAAGGAAGCCUACCUGAGGGUCUGGACCUCACGGCUCAGAAGAAGGCGAUUGACGCUGUUAUUCGCGACUGCUAUAAUGAGCUGACACAGAAGAAGCCCGCAAAGUCGACAAAGAAGGCAGCUCCCUCUAAGAAGCGCUCGAAGUCCGAGAACGACGACGAACCCAAAAAGAAGCGCGCGCCCAACCCCAACAAUCCCCUUAGUAGGCCGCUACGUCUGUCGUCUGAGAUGGCUGACGUGUGCGGCGGCUCGGAAAUGCCACGUUACGAGGUCGUGAAACAACUAUGGGCGUAUAUCAAAGACCGAAAAUUACAAAAUGAGAGUAAUAAGCGCCAGAUCGUGUGUGAUGAAAAGCUCUCAGGUCUAUUUGGCAAGCCUACGGUGGAUUCGUUUGAAAUGGCCAAGCUCAUCGGGCGACAUCUGGAAAAGAUCGAGCCCACGAACCCAUCUUCAUAA